GUACACGUCGGCUCUACAUAAAGUUGUAUUUAUUGUUCAUCUGUGACAACCUUGUACUCACCAAUCAGAAACGUUUGGCUGGUGUUGUUUGUAACACGAAGGUCAAAGAUAAUAACGUGAUCAGAUGAAUAGAAAAUGACCUAAGCUUUUACGUUUGUAGAAGUAUGGUGCAGUAGUUUGAAAGUGUUUGAAGAAUUUUAUGAUGUUAAUGUCUAGCUGUUACUUGGCCGUAAUAUUGCCCGUAUUCAUUACCAAAUUCGAGAAAUGACAAUCACAAGUGAAGCAGGGCCUUCCCGUAGUGGCAGUGAACCAGGACCUUCCAGAAGUAACAAUGGCGAAGAAAAAGAAAAAGACAAGGAAAAAGACGAACGAAUGUUCGAAUGUAACAUUUGUUUAGAUACUGCAAGAGAUGCUGUAGUGAGCUUGUGUGGUCAUCUGUUUUGUUGGCCAUGUUUACACCAAUGGCUUGAAACGAGGCCAAACCGUCAGAUGUGCCCUGUAUGUAAGGCUGCAAUCAGCAAGGAGAAAGUAGUUCCAUUGUAUGGAAGAGGGAGCACCAAACAAGAGGAUCCUAGGUACAAGAUUCCGCCACGCCCUCCUGGACAGCGUACUGAACCUGAAAAUAAUGGGGGAUUCCCAGGCUUUGGUUUUGGAGAUGGCCUUCACAUGUCAUUUGGCAUUGGUGCCUUUCCCUUUGGUAUCUUCACAUCUACCUUCAAUUUUGGUGAUCCUAGACCUAGUGCAGCUCCUCGUGGAACACCCCAGUUUGAAGAGGAGCAGUUUCUGUCAAAAGUGUUCCUUUGGGUUGCAAUUAUUUUCAUAUGUUGGCUGUUGAUGGCGUAAUAUCAGCACUCAUGAUCACAGAAACCACUUCACGAGAGCCUUCUGUAAAAGUUGUUUAAAUUUUUUCAAAUAUUUAUAUAUGUAUAAAGAGAAAUAUGAAGCACUUUUAUUGUUAUCAGUUGUCAAAUGCUGAAUGUAUAUGUGGUGGUAUAACAUUUUCUUAUCAUGUAUCUUAUAUAUUAUUAUGUAUAUUGUCACGACAUAGAUAGAUAAAUAUUCUUUAUAACUGAA